AUGCGGUGGCGGCUGCCGGGCGCCCGUUCGACACUUCCCGCCAGCGUCGCCCUUCUUCUCCUCCCAGUCCUGGUUGUUCCGCAGCAACACCCAGAACCCCAUACCUCUGCAUCUCAUGUCUCUAUACCAAUAGUGGCAGAUGGAUCAGUAUCGAAUUCAAAAUACACGGCCUCUGCGGCCGUGCCUCCCAUCGUGAAAUCCAACGAUGCGAGCGCCCUGGCAACUCUGGCUCUGGCGGGCUCCGGCCGCGCCGUUCGAGCCCCUCCCAUCCAGGCUAGCAGUACUGCUGCUGGUCUGGCAUCGCAGCUUCAUGCGCGGUCCUUGCAGGACUGGGAGGUCGAGGACUUUGUCCUGUUGGCGACCGUUGACGGAACCAUUCACGCUCGUGACCGCAAGACCGGCUCCCAUCGCUGGGCUUUAGAAGUCCCCAGCAGUCCUGUGGUCGAGAGCAUCUAUCACCGCGCCAAUCGAACGAGUUUCGACGAUACCCAACCUGAAGAUGAUUUCCUCUGGAUUGUGGAACCCAGCCAAGAUGGCAGCCUGUACAUCUAUAGCCCAGGCCCAGAGGCAGGGCUCCAGAAGCUUGGAUUGACCGUCAAGCAGCUGGUAGACCAAACCCCAUACUCCGGCAUUGAACCUGCAGUCACCUACACCGCUCGAAAAGAAACGACUUUAUACACCAUCGAUGCCCGCACUGGAAGUAUCUUGCGAGUUUUCAGCUCUCGGGGACCAUUUACAUCCGGCCAGGAAUGCCGCAAAGUAGAUGGCCAGGAUAUUGAUUCUGAGGAGUGUGAAACGACAUCGGGUACAUUAGUCCUUGGCCGUGUCGAGUACGCUGUGGCGAUUCAAAACACUGAAACUGGAGACCAGAUUUGUACUUUGAAGUACUCUGAAUGGGCCCCCAAUAACCGAGAUAUGGACCUCCAGAGUCAAUACUUCCGAACCAUGGACCAGAGCCAUGUGUACAGCAUGCACGAUGGGGUUGUCCUAGGCUUUGACCAUUCUCGGAUGGACCGACCUCGCUAUACCCAACGCUUCCCCUCUCCGGUCGCCCGGGUUUUCGAUAUCGUGCGGCCAACCAACAAGGAAUCUCCUGACGGUUCAACUCCACUUGUGCUGUUGUCACAACCCUUGCAGCCUCCAGACCCCGACUACGGUACACUAGAGGAUGGUCGAGACAUGCGAGUUUUUAUUGACUCGACAGAUGCUGGUGGAUGGUAUGCCCUGUCAGAAGAAACCUACCCUUUGGUCACUGGCCGUGCUUCCAUGGCACAAUGUUACGACAAGGACUUUUUUCGUAGAGGACAUUCCUUGAUGAGCUUGAACCCACACCAACAGCGCGAUGCCUUGGCUGGCGUACACUCAUUAAACGGCCCACAGUUACGCCCAUCCAUCCCACGACUUGGUAGCUCUUCUACGAGCGAGCUGACCAAUGACACUCCGCACGAUGUUCUUCGCAGCCCGUCAGAGUUGGCACUCCCACCCGCCCUGCGUAACAGUGCCAUUAUCCGAAAGAGUUGGGAUAACGCACUCGACAUUGUCGUUACCCUCAUCCUCCUCUUUAUUGGUACUUUCAUUUACUUCAACUCGCAUCAUAUUCGAGAUCUUGCCAAGCAAAAGUUGGACAUUAAAAACAUUAUCAGCUCCAAUGACAAAACGCCACUUUCCACCCCAGCUACUCCUAUUGUCGGCACUUCCCCUUCUUUCACCAACCCUUCUCGGACGGUGCCGGACGUUACUGUCGACGUUGAUUUAUUGGACUCAAAUAUGGACGGCGAAUCUACGCCCAGGCAAUCUCGAGACCAAAGCACCCCACCGUCGGGCAAAACGACCCGCUUCAAGACAAACGAGUCUGGAGAUGACGAGGAAGGAGCCUUGGACCCUGAGAAACCGAAGAAGAAAGGCCGUGCCCGUGGUACACGGGGUGGCAAGAGUCACAGGCGGCGGAAGAAGCCCGGUGCCGAGAGCGAUGCCGCUGACCAGGCUGACCAGGUGGUUGAGCAGGUUAACCGUAUGGUACCACAACCUCGACUCGAACCAGAUAUUCAAUUGACUCGUACUGUUUCGAAUGAAAUGACGCAAGUAGAUAAUGUCGUUCGCAUUGGACGGCUUGAAGUCUUCACUGAUGUUGUCCUUGGACAUGGCAGCCACGGUACUGUGGUCUAUCGCGGUAAAUUUGAUGGCCGGAAUGUGGCAAUCAAACGUAUGUUGAUGGAAUUUUAUGAUAUUGCCUCUCAUGAAGUCGGGCUACUACAAGAAAGCGAUGACCAUCACAACGUCAUCCGUUAUUUCUGUCGCGAACAGGCGGCUGGGUUUUUGUACAUUGGUCUUGAACUCUGCCCUGCAUCUCUUCAAGAUGUUAUUGAACGCCCAACUCAACAUCCUGAGUUGGUUCAGGGUGGCUUGGAUAUGCCGGAUGUGCUGCGUCAGAUAACUCAAGGAGUUCGAUAUCUGCAUUCUCUCAAGAUUGUGCAUCGGGAUCUGAAGCCUCAGAAUAUUCUAGUGGCCACCCCUCGAGGUCGAACUGCUACACGAGCGAUCCGACUCCUUAUCUCAGACUUUGGUCUGUGCAAGAAACUGGAUGACAAUCAGAGCUCUUUCCGUGCUACGACUGCGCAUGCCGCUGGGACUUCUGGCUGGCGAGCCCCGGAGCUACUCGUUGAUGAUGAUACCGGCCCCCUUAGUCUUGCGUCUCAACAUACUGAAUCAUCUGAGCCGGCUGUUGUAGACCCCCAGACCAAUCGCCGUGCGACCCGCGCUAUCGACAUCUUCUCCUUGGGCUGCGUUUUCUACUACGUUUUAACCCGCGGUAGCCAUCCAUUCGACAAGAACGGCAAAUUUAUGCGAGAAGCCAAUAUUGUAAAAGGCCAAUUUGAUUUGCAAGAACUGGAUCGCUUGGGAGACUAUGCCUUUGAGGCGGAUGAUUUGAUUCGCUCUAUGUUGUCUCUAGACCCACGCCGACGACCUGAUGCAAGCACCGUUUUGAUGCAUCCAUUCUUUUGGCCACCAUCUGAUAGACUAAGCUUUCUAUGUGAUGUCUCUGAUCACUUUGAGUUUGAGCCGCGUGAUCCACCAUCGGAUGCUCUUCUCUACUUAGAGUCUGUAGCGCCCGAUGUGAUUGGACCGGACAAUGACUUCUUGCGUCUGCUUCCCCGCGACUUCAAGGAUAACCUGGGCAAGCAGCGCAAAUAUACCGGCUCCCGCUUGUUAGAUUUGUUGCGUGCUCUUCGUAAUAAGCGCAACCAUUACAACGAUAUGCCAGAAAACCUCAAGAGCCAUAUUGGUGGCUUGCCAGAAGGAUAUCUCAACUUCUGGACAGUACGCUUCCCCAGUCUCUUGAUGAGUUGCCAUUGGGUGAUCACAGAGUUACAAUUGACAGGAAUCGAUCGAUUUCAACGCUACUUCACUCCGCCGGAGUGA